GUUUCAUGAACAGCGUAGCUGUUGCCGAAUGUUUGCAGAACGAUUUUAGAUCUACUUCUAGCUGUAAAAUUUCCUGCAGUUAUCUUUGAAAUGCCCACACGAAUUCAGGUCAAGGUUGUUACAGAACAGAUAAAAUAUUUGGAAGAACAGAUACAAGUUCUGGAACCUGUUAUUAAUUUUAUGAAAAAUGUUGUUGCAAAAAGUAAGGCGUGGCUAGAAGAAAAAACUGACCAAUCAUCUGUCAGCUACAUCGAGCUAUCACAAGAACUGGACACAGCAGCCACGGCCUUGUUGGAUGUGACGUCACAUAUUUCUGAUGAAGACAACAAGGAUGUCAAGAAACCAACGCCAUCUUUACCACAGCCUGACACACAGACAACAGCAACAUUUCUAACAGUAGAAUCACCAAGACAACUCAUCACACAAGACAAAUAUACAUCGAUUGAAGAGCAUUCUGACCUAGAGCGUAGACUCGCCUAUAUUGAAACAACACUAUCUUCACUACAGGUCACACAACACAUGUCUACAGAUGACAUAUCAGAAAUAAAACAAUGGAGAGACAACUUUGUAACAGAACAGAGUGACGUGACGGUAAACAUUGAAGAACUAACUAAAAAACAAAAGCAGAAUUUUGAAAACCUCAGAAAACAAAUAAGUGAACAAGAUAUCAAAGUAAAGGAGCUGAACAAAGAAAUUGAAAGUUUAAAAGAAAAAGAAACCAAGUCAAACAAAACACUAGAGAAACUUUCUCUAGAUGUGAAAGAAUAUGAAAACAAAUUACACAAAAUAAAUAUAGAGAUGCAAGCAAAUACAGAUGUAAGAGACGGUAUGAAAGAAGAAAUUAAAAGCCAUUCUGAUUUGAUUGUUUCUUUACAAGAUGAAAAUAAUAAAACCAUUGUCAAAACAUCAACCCAAUUUGAAAAGUUGCAAUCAAAGAGGCAGUCGACUGACUUAACAUAUGAUCAUAACUUUUAUAUAAAUGCUAUGUAA